CGAGGAGGUCCUGCUUUGUUCAUAAGUGAUUGGUUUGUAGGUUUGUAAGAGCGGAGAAAGAGGAGUGGCAGACUAACCAUCAAAACACUGCAAAAGCAAAACAUAGAAAAACCUACAUUAUGUUACAAACACAAAAUGAUUGGGAUAAUGCGUAUGUAAUACUUGAGUAAAAGAGUUGCUGCAACCAGUACAAAAUGAACAGCUCAAGAAUGGACAUUCUGUGGGCUCCGUCCCACCCAGACAAAUUUGUCACUUGGGGCACUGACAUCUAUCUCUACGAAGUGUCUAUGCAGCGGGAAAUGCCCAAGCCUUCCUCCUUCAGGAUAUCAGCAUUAGCGAGCGCCAACCUUGUUUCAACCAUAACAAAUCAGCAGUACAUAAAAUGUGUCGCAAUUCACCCACACCCAGCCAGAGAAAUCCUGAUGGCAGCAGGAUUGGCAAAUGGGAAAGUAGCACUAACAGCAUUUGGCCCUGUUGAAUUUGACGCCAAAGGCCUUGCAGGCAAAGAAUUAAGUCCUAAACAUCCUAGACAGUGUAAUGCUGUGGCUUGGAAUCCAGUGGACAGAGCUGUGCUGGUUUCCGGCCUGGACAAGCACAGAGGCGAUCACUCUGUGCUGUUGUGGGACGCCGUAAAAUCUCCGCAGAAGGCUGUGGCUGAGUUCAGUUUAUCUGAGGUCAUCCACUCGUUAGCCUGGCUGCAUCAACAUGCCAUUGCUGUGGGAAUGAACAACAAGAAUAUAAAAAUUAUUGAUAUCCGAGAAGGAUCAAAAGUCGUUCCAAGCACGUCGACAAAGUCUGUUUACAACAUCGCAGUGGAUCCACACAAUGAUAAACACAUAGCUUCAUGCUAUGAGAAUCAAAUAACCAUUUGGGAUAUUAGAAACUUUGAAAAGCCCAUUGUUACUGUCACCCAACCGAAGCCGAUUUUAAAAUUAUCUUGGUGUCCAACUAGGCACAACUUGUUGGGAACCCUGAGUAGAGAAAGUCAGUCUCUCUGUCUCUACGACGUUCAGCAUGCCAUCGUUGGAGAUGAAGAGGAAACAGCUGCCAUUGAGAGGUUUGUGACUCCAGGUCAAGGAGACGUGAGCGUGGCCUCCUUCUGCUGGCACCCUCAGCAUGAAAACAGACUGAUCGCCCUCACUCAGUCUGGCCGAAUUCACGACUAUACUGUUGCUGAGAGAGUCACGCUGAACUUUUCGCCCUCCAUGCACUUGGUCAGGACGGUUGGUCGCCGAAUGCUGAAGAUGGUGGACGAAACAAAUUCCAUGUACACGCGCAUCAAUGACAUAUCCAAUAUCAUGAAGCAGCGAGCACUCUCCGACUACGGCCUAUUGUCGGAAUUGAAGGAAAAUGGAGACAUGGUUAGUGACGAAAAUUUGAAACAACUUUGGCAUUGGCUGGGCAGUCAUCAAACGAGUUCAUCUGAGGAAAGUAACUCUGAAAACUGUCAUCCUGGUGUUCGGCAUUUGUUGCGGCUGGAAGAAAACAAUCCCAAUGCAAUUUGCCCUCGAUCAGAUGGACAUUACCUUGCGUGGAACGACAUAAACGCAAGUAAAGUUUGCACCUUCCGCAGUGAAGAAAGGAAAGAAGCGCUGCAGUUGUGUGGCUGGCCUGUUCAAGGAAACAAUGAAGAGGUGCUGCAGUUCAUCCAUCAGUUGGAGCAAGAUGGUUUUGCCACGCGCGCAGCUUCCAUCGCCGUUUUCCACUUGCAUAUUCGCUUGGCCAUUGAUGUGCUGAACAGAAGUGCUUCUAAAGGCGCUCAAGGCAACUUGCAAGUUGUGGCGAUGGCGCUUUCUGGCUACACGGAUGAUAAAAACAGCAUCUGGAGAGAUUUGUGUCAGCCAGAUAAAACUCAAUUGGCCGAUCCCUACCUCAGAUCUAUGUUCGCCUUUUUGACUGCUGAAAAGGACAACUACGACAAUGUUCUGAAUCAAUCUGGAAUGGCCGUAGAAGACAGAGUAGCCUUCGCAUUGAUAUUCUUAUCUGACUUAAGAUUAUCUGAGUACAUUGCUAACCUCACUGCAAGUUUGACCGAAGAGGGAAAUCUGUCUGGACUUCUUUUAACUGGAACGAGCUUGAACGGCCUAGAUUUGCUGCAGCGAUAUUUGGACAAAACUGGUGACAUUCAAAGCGUUUGCAUGUUAGUCAUGAGAGCAUUCUCAGCCAAUUUGAUGCAGCAAGAGAGGGUUCAAGACUGGCUUGAGGCAUAUCGCAACUUGCUCAAUAGCUGGAAAAUGUGGACUCAAAGGGCGCUCUUUGACGUUGAGCUACGUCAGUGUCAUACAAACGCCAAACAUCUAAAUUUUCAAAUCUUCGUGUCUUGUAAUUUCUGCUGCAAGAGUGUCUCUGCAACUGUUAAUACCUUACUGAGGAGUCGCAUUGCUAGACUUGGAUCUCAGUCAAGCAACAACAAAUUCAAGAUGUCAUCCUGCCCCAACUGCCGGAAACCUCUGCCACGUUGUGCCAUAUGUUUAGUGCACAUGGGCACCCCGUCUGGAGCGAAAUCGGUUGGUCGCAUGCCGGAUGACAAAAAGCUAUCGGAGUUUUCAACUUGGUUCACCUGGUGCCAAACCUGCAGACAUGGCGGCCACGUACACCACAUAAGCCAAUGGUUCCGUGAACAUCUGGAGUGUCCAGUGACGGGCUGCACUUGUCGCUGCAUGAGUCUUGAUUCAGUUGCAGCACUCAGAUUCAUUUCAAACGAAGACAAAACGCACCACAGAGUGUAUGAGAUAACAACUCCGCCUGCCAAAAAAACUUAAAUAUGGAUUUUUUUCUCACUAUUGGUGAACAAGCCCCAAGGGUUGUUGACGCGAGGACAGCUAGCUGCGGUUCAGCUGCUCUGUGUCCAUCUCGGCGUCCUCAUCCUCGGAGCUGCCCUCGAGCAAGGGGCUGCUGCCCUCGCGGCCGGUAUGCACGGUCAGUAGAGGCGGUGCCAGGUGCGUGCUCGGCGUCGUCGGCGCCGACCGGGAAGAGACUACGCCGAAGCCAAAAGUGCUUGGCGGCAGGGCGUUGCGCGGCGACGUCAGCGACAGCCAACUCGCACGUCGUGACCGCUUCGGCUGCACCACUGGUGGCCCGCUGCCUUGGCUCAGGGGUGUGUAGCCACUCUGCAAGGGCAGAAAGAGACAGUUAGUCAUUGUGAAAGAAAAAAUGCGAUAUAUGAGCUACGUUUUGUGAUUUGUGACUAAAAAUGUGUUAAAUCAAAGUUUGUUUAUAUCAGGAACAGAAAAAUAAAGAAAUACAUACGCUGGAAA